AUGGGAGAGCAGGAGAAGCUGGGGGAGAGAUGGAGGGCCGCCAUCAUGAAUUUGUCGGAGAUGGGCGGGAAUCUGGACUCCCUACAGAGGCUUGUGAUGAAGAAAGCGGAGUUCGUGGACGAGGAGACCUAUGCCAAGGCAUCCCUCAUCUCCGAACAAGCCAGAAUCAUCAAGGUUCCUCUGAUCAUUUUUUCUUCGUCAUAUUUGCGCAUUCAUUGACGUUUUUAAGGUUAAUAUUUUUAAUCUUGAUCGGUAUGCUUCUCGUUUGUUGUCAUUUGCCCAAUGUUUGUGUUUUUCUCAUCCGUCUUCUGAACAGAGAUUUUCAUUUGUACGCGAAUUUGGGGGUUUUUCUUCCUAAAUUUGAUGGUCUUAUUGAGAAUGGGAUAUGAUCUUGCAUCGUAUUCUAAGUUUUUAUGCCAGAAUUUCUGGGAUGAAGAACGAGCUAAAUUGUGCACGGUUGUGAACGGCCUAGAGAGUGAUCGCCGAAUUCGAUUAUAAUAGAUGCUGCAACGAGAUUUUAAACUCAGAAAAAUCGCGUAAAAUUUAUCUUAGGAUUAUUUUCAUAGGUGAAAUGCAGUCAUCCUAGGCAAGGCAUUCGUAAAUCACGGAUUAGCUACCUUAGAUAAGUUUGGUGCCUGCAUUUGUAUUUCACUCACUUCAUUCAAAUGCUAUUUUCUUCUGUCAAAAGGCUUGAAAACAUUGUACCAGUUCAUGCACCUUGCCAAUAUCCGAAUAUAAUCAAGUAAUUCCUACCCGAUUUGGUGGCUUUGACAAUUGAACCCGUACUCUGUUGUAAUCAUUGUGUGGGUCAUUGACGUGCCUCUGUGUAUUAGUGAGUGACAUUACAGUUUCCUUGAAGCGUGGAGAUAGAUCAUUUUAAAUUUAAGAGUUUCAAGUUCCCAGUUCUGGACUAAGUAAGUUUUUGGCAUUGAUUGCCAUGAAGGUUGUACGGGUUUUCCAUCGUAUGUCAUAAUUCCCUCCUACAUUGGCUUACAUGGGAAGUUAUCUCUGAAUUUUGUGCUGAGCAAUAGCAUCUCCAGUUUCUAGCUGCAUGAGCCAUUUUUUCUGCUUGUUCAGGGGGUCAUGUCCUUCUACUCACUGCACAUGACUAAUGAUUAGCCGUUUUUUUUUGGGUGUAUAGUUGGCCGAGGACCAGGUCACCUAGGUAAAUGGUGAGAAUAGAAAUAUCAUUUACUUUAUACCAACCUCCCAGAAGAAUGUUUUUUGCGGCCACCCAUCUUAAUGGAUGAAGAAGUCAGAUGAUUUCAGCAAUGCAUUCAAGUAUCCAAAAGACGAAAAUGGCCAGAAGGAGAAGUGGAAGAACUUUAUUAUGGGAUAAAAGGGAAUGUAAGUGACUAAAAUUGAAAUAUUUUUUCCAAACGAUCAUUCAAUGUGCUUUAAGGAAAUACACUUGUUGACGCUCACUCCAAUAUCACUUUAAUUUAGAAACUAAAUAAGCUGCUACUAUGCUAUGCACUAUUAUUUUGUUUCCUGUUCGGAGAUCUCUUCCAGAUCGCUUAACCACCAAGCUAAGAAAAAUCGUGCUGAUAUUAUCUGAAACAUGGCUCAUAUUUAAUUGAUGAAAUAAAUGGGUGUUGGAUUCGUACUUAUCCUGCAUCUUGUAAGUAUACUGUCGGCCUAUUCGCCCAUCUAAUUUGUUCCAUCUAUUUAUAGUCCAAGAUAUAUUUUUUUAAAGCGAUCUUAGAUUAUUUCAUGUCACUUUUAAUGAAAUAGGCAUGACCCCUGUAUCAGAUAAUAGUAUCUGAAAUGAUUUCCAAACCGGAAACAAACCAGUAAUGUUUGGUUAUGGUCCCCUAUUUGAUUUCUUCAUCAAUGUAAUAUCAGAGUGACUGUGUGUUUUCUUGGGACACAUUUAACACCUCUUUGAUAACUAUUAUUUAAAUCUCCAUUUUUACAAAAAAAAUUAUCCUUGAUAGAGUUUACUUCUCCUUUUGGCCGAUUUCGUCUGAUGAAUACCUGAAUUCAUUGCACUGUAUCUUUUUGUGGUUUUAUAUCUCCAUUCAUUGGCCUUAAUGACUGCAAAAAGCCUUAUGUUAUGGAUGGUAGGGACCUUGAGACCUGGAAGGCGCAUCUGUGUACACUCUUUGUAGAAUUUAAAUGGACUGGAGACAUUGAAUUAUAGUCCGUUCAUCGUGACAUCAGUAACCAAUGAGGAUUCUCCGCUAUUAGCUCAUAUCCUUGCACCUGGCUGUUCCACUUGCUGGAAUAGUUCCCUUCCAUCAUUCAGCAAUGGGUGUCUGUGUUCAGGCUCUUCAGCAGAGGGUGGAGACUUUGGAACGAGAGCUUGAUAAUGCUAUUGCAGCAGCAGCUCGUGCCCGUUCUGAGAAACGACAGGUGGAGGCAGCACAGCGGGCUGCUGAGCUGCGUACCCAAGAUGUUAUAAAAGAGCUCGAGAACACCACAAGUAUGGAUCACUGAGAUUAUUCAUAUUUCUAAUCUUCAAAUGAAUGGAAUCAUUUUCUCAUCUCUUGUGCUAUAAAUCAUUGAUUAUAUGCAAUUGCCAAAUGAAACAGUUUACGACAUGCUCACUUCUCCUUUUGGGUAAACAAAAUAUAUUAUUUUUUCAUUUGGUUAAUUUCAGAGGAAAAACGGUAGAAAUGGUAUCAUAUUUUAGUUGGAGGCCACUAAAAAGAUGGAAAACCCCAGGAUUUAAAAUUUAAUGUGUACAAACAUGGUAGUUUAUCAUUGAUGCUUCUGGAAUUAUUCGAAUCAUGUGGUUUCUGAUGAUCGACAUUAUCUUACUAUAGUGCCCUGAUUUUUUUCUUAUAGAGGUUUUUGAGUUACAUAUGGAAGAGCUGCGGGCAAAGCAGGAGGUGAUCUCCAGGAAAGACAGCGAGAUCAAAGUCUUGGAAGCUAUAAUCCAGACGCUUGGUGGAAAGGAGUCAAACAGCGGAAAUGACUAG